AUGGAGAGGGGUCUCUGCGGGUCAUCACGAGACGACCAACGCAGGACAGACCCGCUCCACGCCUUGGGAACGGGAGUGGUCGAGGCAAGGGUGGGGGCCGACCCCGACGGCGCCGUCAAGACGGGCACCACCAUCUCGAAAGUCACCGGCCUCACCGACGGUCCCGGCGCACGCACCCCCGCCCCCGUCGAGGCUGUCGCGGGCACCGCCGACGCCAAUGCACGCCCCAACCCACUUGUCGGCACCACCGCCUCUGACGCGGGUGCUGGAGCAAGUGUCCCUGUGGCCGCCUCGCCCCCCGUCGUGGCCUCUGGAGCAGGCACUUCUGCCUCCGCCGCCGCUGCCACUUCUUACGCGGCUCCCCGGGCUGAGGUCCCCACCCCCAUCACCGCCGCCUCCUUCGACGCAGCCACCGGGGCGGGCGUCCCUGCCUCCCCCUCUGUCUCUGUCCCCACCGUGGCCGCGGGGGCAGACUCUCCCUCCUCCGUCACCAUCGCCGUCCCUGUCAGGGCUGCUGGGCUCAAGCCCGUAGUAAUGCAAGAGGUCGUGGAAGAAGAGGCUCGGUAG